AUGACCAAAUCAGCUUUAAGGCGAAAGAUCAACAGAAACAACGCGGAUAGGCACUAUGAAAAUCGUCACCUUUCUAACCGGACCCGGCCGCGUCCGACCACUGUCGGGCGUCCGCCGUGUGAAUCUCUUUUGCCGGAUGCAGAAGGAUUCAUUCUCCACUUGAGCAAGCGGGAGAAAGACCUUCUCAGGAGAUCUGACUCUGAACAGACCCAAAUCCGUCCGAUG